CCUAAGGGAGAGUGAAGCGAGCAAGCAGGAAAGGGGCCGGCCCAGAGGGGGAGACCAAGGUCCCAGCUCAUCUCGGUCUCAUCUCCCCUGUUCCCCUUGUCUCGUUUCAUCCAUCACGUCUGCCCAUCUGCCCUACGAUGCCUCCCAAUCUGACCGGCUAUUAUCGAUUCGUCUCCCAAGACAACAUGGACGGUUACCUCCGGGCUUUAGACAUUAAUGUGGCCCUGAGAAAACUGGUUUGCCUCCUGAAACCUGACAAGGAGAUAAUCCACACUGGAGAUCACAUGACCAUCCGCACAAUCACCUCACUGCGCAACUACAUCAUGGACUUUGACCUGGGGAAGGAGUUUGAAGAGGACCUGGGGCCAGUGGAUGGACGCAAGUGCCAGACAGUCGUCUCCUGGGAAGGGGAUCAGUUGGUGUGUGAGCAGCAAGGAGAGAAGAGAAACCGGGGCUGGAGGCACUGGCUGGAGGGGGACCAUCUGCAUUUGCGCAUGACAGCAGAAGAUGAGAUUUGUGUACAGAUCUUCCAGAAAGUGAAGUAACCAGAACUCCUUCCCAGCACUGAGCACUACCCCCUUUGGACAGAACUACUUUCACAACAGUCAAGGCCAAAGCUACCGAAUCUGCCCCCACUUCUCUCCCUCCCCUCCAUCCUCACACACUCUUUGGAAUUAAAACAAGAAAUAAAAGUGGCCAAAGCUCCUGCUGCA